AUGUGGACGGCAAUUCGUGCAGCACCUCGAUCUGAGCGCACAUCGUCGAUACAUUCUAUCGGAUCGCUCUACGGGGGCCGCCCGGAAUCCGUAGCAUCGAUGCAGUCGUUUUCACAGGUCAGAGGAUACGACUCAGACCAGUCGUCAGAAACGGCCUUCGGUGACGAGCAGUUGAACGUGCGACCUGUGAGCAAAGUUGUCAUACCAGCGAUAUGGCAGCCACAGCGACAGGAGCCUAGGCCCAACCGUCCCACAGAACAACCAACUCAAGAAGCUCAGAAGAACAAACCUACAGAAGAGCCUGUUACGAACACAGUGCCUCAGAUACUCAACACCACACCACAAAGUCUGUGGACAAACGCUGGGAGCGAGGCAGAGGACGACACCGAAUCUCUUGCGUCGACACUUGAAGGCGAGGAACAGGUUCCAGCCUUCCCUGAAAAGACACCGAUAUCAAUCCCAGUGAUGCUUUACGCCGACGAAAUGAACGAUGAGCCAGUGUCACCGGCACCAGCACCGCACAUUCCUGGUCCCCUGGAGUCUCAACUGGCUGCGCUGAUGUCGAAGCUUAUCUAUAUAGAGAGGUCGGACCCUGUCGUAUCUGUCGAACCAGCCGAGUAUCUUGAGACGACAGCACGUUUGAAGAAACUCGAAGGAGAGAAAGAACAGCUUUGGAGACGACACGUAGCAAUCUGGGCGCUGCGCGACGAAGAUCUGGAAAACAACAUCAAGCUACGCGGGCUAUUGGCCGCUAAGGAUCGCCAGUUGGAAGCAAUGACAGCUCUCCGGGACGAAGACCUUGUCAACGUCCAGCUCGUAAGGAAGAAUUUGGCAGACAAGACGCGGGAGGUUGAACGUCUGCAAGCACAGGCAGGAACCAAGAGCCCUACACGAGGCCGGCCAGGUAGCUUCAUUGAACGCCGAGCCACGAACGACCUCUUCGCUGCUGCCAAGUCGGCAGCACUCGAGCAGCGUGUGCUUGAGCUAGAGAAGAGGAACUCAGACCUAAUCACACAAGCCGAGACCUUGAGAGGAGGUGCUAGCAUCGACGACCUCAACCGCGUGACAGCGCACCAAGCUUGGAAGGAUCAUGUUGCCGACCUCGAAGCACAGACCAAGGCCAAGGACGUCGAGUUGAAGCAGCGACCUGCUGGCGAUGCGGCUGAGGUCAAGCCGAGCGCCAGUGAGUGGUCGAGAAUAGAGGCCAUCGUGCAGGAGCACGGUGCGUAUCGAGAGAAUGUAGGAGGAAAACUACAAGCGCUUCGAUCGGAGAAGGAAGCUCUGCAGAAGCUCUUGCAUGCGAAAGAAGACGAAUGUCACACGUUGGAGCUUAACGUCCAGAGCUUGCGGCGGCAGACAAUGGCGGUCUAG